GAUGAGGUUGAGAUUGAAUCGAAUCGAAAAUUCGAAAUGGACACCUGCAUGCCCACUGGCCACAACUCCUCCCCUUAGAUUUUUCCCAAACCCACCUCCCACCCCUCCUUCAAUCCCACAACCCAAAUCUCCAUGGCAAUAACUGCUUCUUUGCUCCAACCCAAUCCCCUCAAAUGGAACCAAACCCACCCUCUUCUCUUCUCCCCUUCCCGCCCCAAUAUACUCAAACUCAACACCCCACAAUCCUUCAAGCUCAAAUGCUCCUUCUCCGAAUCCAAACCACAGCUCGUGUCAGUGAAACCGAACCCAAUAGAGGUUUUGGCAGAUAAGCUCUUGAAGGCUCUGAAAGCGCUGAGGAAGCCCGCAAUGGCGGCGGUGCUGUUGGGCCUGGUGUUGAUGUCCGACCCGAACUCCGCUUUAGCCGCCUCGGGCGGUCGGGUCGGGGGUCAGGCCUUCUCGUCGCGCUCGGGUUCUUCGUCGUCGUCGUCGAGGAGUUACUCGGUGCCGAGGACGUCGAGGCCGGAUUACUCGUACUCUGCGCCGUACUACGCGCCGUCGCCGUUCGGGUUUAGUGGCGGUGGAGGCGGGUUUUAUAUGGGCCCGGCCGUCGGGGUCGGAGUCGGGGCCGGGUCGAGUUUCCUUCUGAUUCUGACGGGUUUUGCGGCGUUUGUUUUGGUUUCGGGUUUUCUUUCGGAUCGGUCUGAGGGGAGUGUGCUUACUGCUACUGAGAAAACUACUGUUUUGAAGUUGCAGGUUGGGUUGUUAGGAUUGGGGCGAACACUACAAAGGGAUCUUGAUCGGAUUGCUGAUACUGCAGAUACUUCCACCCCCGAGGGAUUGAGCUAUGUUCUGACAGAAACAACACUAGCAUUGCUUAGGCAUCCUGAUUAUUGCAUCUCGGGUUAUUCAUCGGUGUCUCUGAAGCGAAGCAUAGAGGAUGCAGAGAAAGGCUUCAAUCAACUUUCUAUUGAAGAAAGGGGUAAAUUUGAUGAAGAGACACUUGUCAAUGUGAACAGCAUAAGAAGGCGGAGCUCAACAAGCCAGAGAUCUAAUGGAUUCCGCAAUGAAUACAUAGUGAUAACAAUAUUGGUGGCUGCUGAAGGAGUGCAUAAGUUACCCGCCAUCAAUGGUAGUGGUGACUUGAGGGAAGCAUUGCAGAAGCUUGCAUCCAUUCCCUCGAACAAAAUAUUAGCAGUAGAGGUGUUGUGGACUCCUCAGAAUGAAAAUGACACUCUGUCGGAGCGUGAGCUGCUUGAAGAUUACCCGCUUCUGAGGCCUUUGUGAGAUAACAUUUGGGCUACCCUGCACUAUGCAGCAAGAGGCAUGAAGUUUUUAGGUAAUGUGUCUGAGAUGUACAGAAAUAAUACAUGUGUAAUACAAAGAGUCUUCUAUAUUUAGCUUAGAGUUUCACCACGUUAACUAUAAUCCUUGUAUGGGAAGUAAAAUUUAGCAUACCAAAAUCUAUACUACAUAACUGGCCAGAUGAAAUAUGGCAUUUUUUAGAGUAAUGAGUACUUAAAAGAUUACGAGAGGUGCUAAUUAUAUUGUGUCUGGCAAACAUCUUCUUUUUGUA